AUGCUCUCUGCUAUAGCACAAUCAUCGCUCAACGAUGAUGUCUUCCGCGAAGACACAACAACCCGCUCCUUCGAGUCGCACCUCGCAAGUCUAUGUGGCCAUGAAGACGCAGCCUUCGUCAUUACCGGAACCAUGGCCAAUCAACUGGCCCUACGAACGCUCUUAACACAGCCUCCCUGCGCCGUUCUGGCCGAUUCUCGCGCACAUAUUAUCCACUUCGAGGGGGGAAGUAUCAGUAUGAGUGGCGCGGCGGUGCAGGAAGUGCGACCUUCGAAUGGCCGAUAUAUGAGUCUUGGGGAUAUUGUCAAACGAGCGGUGCUUACAGAUGAUGUGCAUAAGUGCCCGACGAAAGUGAUUAGUAUUGAGAACACCGCUGGAGGGAGUAUUGUGCCCCUGGAUGAAAUUAGGCGGAUUAGCAAAUGGGCCCAUGGAUAUGGGAUCAAACUGCAUAUUGAUGGUGCAAGGCUUUGGGAAGCUGUUGCUGCUGGUGCUGGGAGUUUGAAGGAUUAUUGUAGUUUGGGUGAUUUGAUAAGUUUGGAUUUUAGUAAGAAUUUGGGUGCGCCUAUGGGUGCUAUGGUUGUCGGCUCGGAAAGAUUGAUUGCACAACUGCGGAGACUUAGAAAGAGCAUUGGGGGUGGGAUGAGACAAUGCGGGCCAUUGGCGGCGGCUGCUCGGGUCGCUGUGCAAGAGCAAUUCGGGUCUGGUGUCUGGGGAAGUGGCGAUACUUUGUGCAAGGUUCAUGAUUUGGCUUUGCGCGUUGGGAAGAUGUGGGUCGAACGUGGAGGGGUGCUAUUGAGGAAGGUCGAGACAAAUCAGGUGUGGGUCGAUUUGGAACAUGCUGGAGUUGAGACUCAACGGUGGAACGAUAUCGGGAACAGGCAUGGGAUCAAGUUGGAGGGUAAACGGAUUGUGCUUCACCAUCAAAUUAGUGAGGAUGCUGUCGCCAAAUUGGGGGAUGUGUUCAGUGAAGCCCUUAGCAUCAAGGCUCAUCUAUAG